AUGACAUCAAAUUAUCAAUAUCCCAAUCCAAAAAGUUAUACAAAUAAUAAUAAAAAUUUCGAUCAACAUUAUGUAUGGGGAUGGAAUGAAGGACGACAAUUAGGAAUUGGUCAUUACCAAAAUGGUAUGGAAAUUGUUAAAGAACCCUAUAGUUUAGGUGGUUCACAUAAUUUUGAUACGAAAUCAAUAUCAAUAGGUAUGGCUCAUUCACUAGCUAUCGAUAGUAGAGGUCAACUUUAUUCAUGUGGUAAAACUGCAUAUGGUAGAUUAGGUUUGGGUGAUUAUUUAUCACAAAAUCAACAAAAUAUAAAAGAAUUUACACAAAUUAAAUUAAAUAAAGAUGAUAAUGAUGAUCAUGAUAACAGUUAUAGUUAUAGUUAUACUAGUAGUAGAAUUAAUAAUAAAAUAAAUAAUAAAAUAAAUAAUUCAAUUAAUAACUAUAUUAAAGUUAAUAAAAUUUCAUGUGGUAGUGCACAUAGUGCAUUUAUAACAGAGAAUUUUCAAUUAUUUACAUUUGGUAAAAAUGAUCAAGGUCAGUUGGGUCAAGGUUUAAUAAAUGAAUUACAUUCACCAAAGAGAGUUAUUUAUAUUCAAUAUAGUUUCAAUCCAAAUGAAAUUGAUCAAAGUAAAGCAAUCACUGAAAAAUCUACAAACUAUCAUGAUAAUGUCGAUUUGGUGGCAUGCGGUUUAAAUCAUACUGUAUUCAGUUUAAAAGAUGGUUGUGUUUAUUCAAUGGGUAGUAAUAAAUUUUCACAAUUAGGUUAUCAGAGUACUAUAAAUGAUAAAGUUUCACCAAUUGUACAACCUGAUGGAAUUGUACAACCAUCACCACCACUACCACUAUUAGAACAUAGACCAAGAUUAAUUGAAUCUUUAAAUUUACCACCACAACAUUUAGAACAACGUUUUACAAAUAUAAAAUCAAUAUCAUGUGGUUCAAAUUUUACUGUUUGUAUUAAACAAGGUAAUCUUUAUACUUGGGGUACAAAUAAUUUGGGUCAAUGUGGUUUUAAUCCAAAAGAAAAUGAUGAUAUUAUUACAACAACUUCAUCGUCAUCAUCAUCAACCACUACCAAUAAUAAUAAUAAUAUAAUAAUUAAUAAACCAAAAUUAUUAAUAAUUUAUGGUGAUAAAUCAACAUUAUCAACAGAUUCAAAUAAUGGUAAUGGUAAAAGAGUAUUUAAUUUUACUCAAGUUUCAUGUGGUGUUGAUCAUUGUUUAGCAUUAACUAAUAAUGGUCAAGUAUUUGGAUGGGGUGAUAAUAAGUAUGGUCAAAUUGGUCAAUUAACAUUUUCAUCCGUUAUAAAGAUUGAUACAACCACACCAAUUAGAAUUGGUGAAUCAUUAACCAAUGAAUUUAUUACACAAAUUUCAAGUGGUGCUUAUCAUUCAAUGGCAUUAACUAAAUCAAGUAUAAUCUAUGCAUGGGGUUUAAAUGAUAAGUGUCAAAUUGGUGAAAUUGGUAAAAAUCAACAAGAAAUCAUUCAAACUCCCUGUCGUGUUAGAUUUACAAAUGCCAAAGAAAAUUGUGCACCCAUUUUACAAAUAUCUGCAGGUGGUAGAUCAUCAAUGGCUAUUAAAUAUUCACCCUCAAAAGUUGAUAUUAGACCAUCGACCUAUUUCGAUGACAUUUUAAGAAUAUUAGAAAAUAAAAGUUUUCAAGACUUUAAUUUAAACAUUACAGAUAAUGAAGGUAAAAUUAAAGAAAUGUUUAAAUUAAAUAAACUAUUUUGGAAUAGAUCAUUGGUUUUACAAUCAUUGAAAUCAAAAGAAUUAACAUCAACAUCCUCAACCAAUGUUGCAAUUGAAAAAUCAGAAUUUAUCAAAACUUUUAAUGAUUACUCAAUAAAAGAAAUCAUUCAAGAUCUAUAUAUUGAUGCACCAAGUAAUCAAAGUUUUAUUACAACUUCAAUUUCUGAAUAUUUAUUCUCAAUGAUUAAUCAAUCAUCAUUUUCUGAUGUUAAAAUUAAAGUAAUUUGUAGAAAUGAUCAAGAUGAUAAAGAAGUGACAAAAAUUUUUAAUGCACAUAAAUGUUUAUUAGUAAAUAGAUCAGAGAAAUUCAAAACAUUAUUAGAAUCAAACUAUUUUAAAGAAUCUAUAGAUGGUGUAAUUACAAUCGAUGAUUCGCCAUCAUUUCAAGUUUAUGAAACAUUUUUAACCUAUUUAUAUACUGAUGUAUUAAAUUUAAAUAAUGAAAAUGUCAUUGAUUUAUUUUUAUUAUCACACAGAGAAUCUCAAAAUAGAAUGAAAGAUUUAAUUGAAGAAUAUUUAUUCAAUUCAUUAGAUAUUGAUAAUGUUUCAAACAUUUUCGAAUUGGCUUUACAAUUAAAUGAUAAUGCUAUUUCAAUCGAUUCAAAAGGUAUAAAUAACUUUCUCAUUGGUCAAUGUAUUUUCUUUAUUGCUAAAAAUUUAGAACAAGUUUCAAAAACUGAAUCAUUCAUUAAUUUAUCUGAUAAUUCAAAAAUAAUUUUAUCAUCAAAUUCAAUUAAUUUAAAUAAUUCAAAAUCAAAUAAAUCUUUAAAUAAUAAUAAUAAUAAUAAUAAUAAUACCAACACUAAUGAUGAUAAUAAUGAUAAUGAUUUAAAUAAUGGUAAUAAUGGUAAAAAAUGUAUUAUAUGUUAA